AAGUUAAACGAGUAGGGCAUAUAUUUGCAAUAAACGUGGGKUGUAUAUGGCAACAAUAAUUUAUAAAUGAACAAUAGUAAAGCGCGUAGUCAGCAAUGUCAACGGUUGACCUACGAARACUUCGUCUACCACCUUCAAAAAUGCAGCUCAGCAAUUUGUGCUAUAAAUAAAAAGCGAUAUUUACCUACUAUAUAUAGAACAUAUCUUACUGAAUGGUGUUCUAUACACGAUUUGAGAAGCAAAAUGCAACUUUGUACUUUUUUAAUGUUGUUAACCACUUAUAGUGGCGUUGUGAUGGCAGGACCCAGCAUUGAAAAGGAGCGUGCGCAAUUACGUGAGUUUAAGGCUGUGCAAAAGAUUUAUUUAUAUUUUAUUAACCUAACCUGAUGACGCCACGUAUUACCUCCGUAGCUUCUUUUGUGAAAAUAUGUCGACGCAGUGACCCAAAUUUAGAUGUGUGUGCACGUAAUUCCGUGCUUGCCAUGAGAGAGCUGCUGCAUUAUGGCAUUCCAGAGCUCUUUAUACCACCGAUCACGCCAUUGGUUGUGCCUGAAAUUAGAAUGGAUCAAGAUUCGGGCGCAAUUUAUCUGCAUUCCACUUUCAAAGACAUUACCGUUAACGGUUUGGCUAACUUCACGCUCAACGAGCUACACAUAAAUCCGCAAAAAAUGCGAAUGACACUGAUGAUGAGUGUGCCAAAUGUGACAAUGAAUGCAAAGUAUAAAAUGAAGGGCAAAAUUAUGAUGAUGCCACUGAUGGGCGAGGGUGAUUUCAAGGCGAACUUCUCCAAUGUAGAGUUGAGCACGGUUAUUAACGCUGAGCGUUAUACCAGAAAGGAGCGCCUUUAUGCCAAAGUGAAGGAUGUCAAGGUGAACUAUAAACUUGGUAAGGCGGACUUGCAUUUGAGCAAUCUUUUCAAUGGUGACCACGCGCUUGGCGAACGUAUGAAUACAUUUGUGAAUGAAAAUUGGGAUUCACUCUCGAGUGAGCUGCGUCCUUUGUUGGAGACUUCAAUAUCGGAUAUAGUGCGCGCUUCGGCGGAGAAGAUAUUCGAUACUUACAGCUUUGAUGAGUUGCUACCCGAGUAA